AUGGGGCUUUCAACAUCUUUCUCGGCUUCCUUUCUUCUUCUUCUGGUUCUUGGGCUAUUUGUGGCCGAUGGGCAGCAAGUUCCUGCAUUGUUCAUAUUUGGGGACUCUAUUUUUGAUGUCGGUAACAAUAACAACCUCUUCACCUUUAUAAAAUCAAACUUCCCUCCUUAUGGAAGAGACUUUGACACUAGACUACCAACCGGAAGGUUCUGCAAUGGAAAGCUUGCCUCAGACAUUAUCGCUGCGGAAUACCUGGGGUUCACUUCUUAUCCACUAGCUUAUCUAAGCAGAGAAGCCACAGGAGAGAACCUCUUGAUUGGUGCAAACUUUGCUUCAGCUGCUUCUGGUUAUUUUGAUGCUACAGCAGACCUUUAUCAUGCGAUCCCAUUAAGCCAGCAGUUGGAGUACUACAGGGAGUAUAAGCCCAGGUUGGUGGAAAUAGCAGGGAGAUCAAAUGCUUCAACAAUAAUAUCUGGUGCACUCUACCUUCUUAGUGCCGGGAGCAGUGACUUUCUUCAGAACUAUUACAUUGACCCUCUUCUUCAAGUGGCCUAUUCUUUUGAUCGCUUCUCAGAAAUUCUCAUCCAAUCCUAUUCAAAUUUCAUUCAGAGGCUAUAUGCAUUGGGAGCAAGGAGAAUUGGAGUGACAUCACUGCCCCCAAUUGGAUGCCUGCCAGCAGCCAUCACAAUAUUUGGGUUGGGUGGCAACCAGUGUGUGGGCAGGUUAAACAAAGAUGCAGUUUCCUUCAAUAACAGGCUUAAUGCCACUUCUCAGAGGCUGAAAAAUCGCCUUUCUGGUCUCAAAUUGGUUGUCUUCGAUAUCUACCAGCCUCUUUUAAAUCUUUCCACAGAUCCUACAGCAAAUGGGUUUUUUGAGGCAAGGAGGGCUUGCUGUGGAACAGGAUUGUUAGAGACGUCAAUACUAUGCAAUCCAUUCUCUGUGGCUGCGGGCACAUGUGCGAAUGCAUCAGAUUACGUCUUCUGGGACGGUUUCCAUCCGACGGAGGCUGCAAACCGCAUUUUAGCCCGAACUUUGUCCGAUAGUGGCUAUGUGCUCGUCACCUAA